CUGGAUGGCUGACAGUCCCUCGCUGUGGGGCGUUGGGGAGGCGAAGCGCGAGCGCAGAUAUCAGCAGAAGAUUUAACGGCCAGGUCACAGCAGCUGUUCUAAAUGGCCCAGUCUGGAAAGGAAAAUGCGCAAGGGGGCUUGCCCCUUCGAGGGAAAAAGAUGGAGUUGGGGCAGAAAGAGAGUACCGCCGGCAGCAAGAUCCCCGUUCUAGUGAAGAGCAGGCCCCCAGCAGAGCAGCAGGCAGGGCCGUCCGCUGUGAAGAGCCAAGGGUGCAAGACAGCCAAGUUGUCUUCUGUGGGUGUUCCAGUCCCGGAACCUACAGCUGGGUUACUCUCCAUGAGCUCUGCCAGGGAGCCCCUAGGGCCGGUGCAGCUGAGUGUAUCGGGUCAUAGGAACAUGCUGGAAGUUGGAAAUGCAAAUGACAAAGAAGCCAGAGCAGUGGAAUUCGUGCCCGAUGCAGCAGCUCUUGCCAGCAUCCUGUCCAACACAGGCCUGUCGAAUCACACGGGGAGCGCGAACCAGAAGCCCAGCCUGGCCCGACGGGUGCCGCUGAGGGGGAACCGAGCAUGCUCAGCCAGCACUGGGACUGGCCAAGGCUCCCGCUGUGGAGGAGCUGCCGCCCGCAUGUCCCAUCUCUCCAGACCAGCCUCAAAAGAUAUGGAGCAGCCACGAUCUUGUAUUCUGGCCCUGAACGCCCAGCAACUGAAGGCACUUUCUACGAGGCUUGGGGACCUUGGGCCCGGGGUGGAGGCGAAGCACAGCCAACCAACUGAGAGCCUGGAAGCAGGCAACUGUAAAGAUUCAUCGGCCAGACCCAAGACGGAACGUUUGAACAGCGUCACCGAGGCUGGUAAUGCAAAGCAAAGCACCCCAUCUGGCAGUAAGGGAACGACAGGAGCCUCAUGGACAGAAGAAGAGUUUGUUCCCGAUCCAGCGGCCAAAGCCAGCAUCCUGUCGAACGUAGGAGUGAGCCAUUCAGCCCUCGGGCCUGGCGGCAAGAUGAGUCUGGCCAGGCGGGUGCCGGUGAGAGACGUUCGGAAGCCACCUGGCAGCGUCAUGGCUGAAAAUGUUUCUCCUGCAACACCCAAGUUUGGCCGGGUGUCCUGCCGUUCCACCAAGGGCCUUAAAGGUCUCAAGGAGUCGGGGGUUUCCAGAGCCCACCUUGCCGUCACUCCCAGCAACAGAUGCUCUAUGAGGGAUUGUUUGCUGACUAGUGAAGCCAGGAGGGUCCCUGUGGCACACCCACCAUCUUUGGGGAAGAUUGCAGUGCGGCUCUUUAACGACGGUCUAGAAGCAUCGGCCAAGAGGGUGCCUGCAGGUCGUGUCAUCCCCUCGGACAUGGGAAAACUCCAGCGUGUCGAGUUCCUUGCUCGGCUCCUGCAGCAGGAAAUCAACAGCAGCGUUGAUGAAGUUGCCCCCUCGCUGGAAGAACUACACAAACUGUUGUCUGUUCGCUGCUCACCUGCAUCGGAGGCCCCCGAACCCGAUCUCGUCAUCACCACGCCUCUACAGGAUCCUACACGGCAGCUUGGCGAGCAACCCGUUGUCCCUGCUGCCUCCGUGGCACCCGUACCCAGCACCACGCCCAACACGACCGACUCGCAGCCUGUCUGUUCUGCUCCCUCCUUGCCCUCUCUUGGGCCUUCUCCAUCCGGUGCAGACAGUAGAGGAGUUUCAGCCACCUCUUCGUCCGUGGCCCAUAUCCAGCAACGCGUGGCAGCUUUUAUAGACGCACGUCGGCAUUUCUAUGAGGGCCUCCUGGAUGAUGAGUGUGCCUUCUAUACAUCCCGCGUCCCCACCUUCGCUCAGUCUCCAGUGCCACGUUGUAAAGAGCCUGUAGCAAAAGCGCUGGAUGCUGAAGAUACCACGCACUUUACCCCCAUCUCCACACAGUCCCCACUGGCAGAAGUCGAGAGGUUUUCGCCUUUAUGAUGGUCUCGGUCCUUGAUUUCU